UCAAAACCACCAUUUUAUAUAUAUACACAAUAAGGUCCCAAUAUAUGAUCAUAUCACAGAUCAAAAUGAAGGUUCCUAAUUACUUGGACAUCUUUUUUUGUUUUAUAUUACUUUUGUGCUUCUGCCAUGUCGGCGCUGCAGCUGGUUCUAAAUUGUUACCGGACAACGAGGAGGUUUCGGCGAUAAUCGUGUUCGGCGAUUCCAUUGUUGAUCCAGGCAAUAAUAACCACCUCAAAACUUUGAUUAAAUGUAACUUUCCACCUUAUGGAAGAGACUUCAAUGGCGGAAUGCCCACCGGAAGGUUUACCAAUGGCAAAAUCCCCACCGAUUUUGUAGCGGAAGAAUUUGGUGUGAAGGAAUUAGUGCCAGCAUAUCUUCAUCCACAUUUGACAACUCAGGACCUUCUCACCGGCGUUAGUUUUGCUUCUGGAGCUUCCGGAUAUGAUCCUCUCACAUCCAAGAUAACGUCCGUGCUAUCGCUUAGCGACCAACUGGAGUUGUUCAAAGAUUACAUCAAGAAGAUAAAAGCCGCCGUCGGAGAAGAAAAAGCGACGGCCAUCUUAUCAAAAAGCGUAAUAAUUGUAUGCACCGGCAGCGACGACAUUGCAAACACCUAUUUCAUAACGCCGUUCCGGCGACUCCAUUACGACGUCGCUUCGUACACCGAUCUGAUGCUCCAAUCGGCCUCCAGUUUCUUCCAUCAGCUUUACGCCCUCGGAGCAAGAAGGAUAGGAGUUCUCAGCUUGCCGGCAAUCGGUUGCGUUCCGUCGCAGAGGACUUUGUUCGGAGGCGUCGCCCGAGGCUGCUCCGAAGCCGCUAAUUCAGCGGCGCUGCUUUUUAAUUCGAAGCUAUCGUCGUUGAUUACUUCGCUGGGAAAUGAGUAUUCGGAUGCUAAGUUUGUGUAUUUGGAUGUCUACACUCCGUUUCUUGCCCUCAUUCAAAACCCUUCUGAAUACGGGUUUGAAGAGGCAACAAAAGGAUGUUGUGGAACAGGAGCCAUAGAGGUCAGCGUUUUAUGCAAUCCAUUAUCUUCAAAAUUAUCAUGUCCGAAUCCUGAUAAAUAUAUCUUCUGGGAUAGUUACCACCCUACCGGCAAUGCUUACCAGGUUCUCACUUCUCGCAUCAUAAAAGAUUCCCUUCCUAAUUUUUUCUGAUUUUUUUCUUUCUUACUUUCUCAAAUACACCUCCAUUGAUGUAAAACAUGUAACUCAAUCAAACAUUAAAAUAUAUGUUCUCACAUAUAUGUUAAUAAAUUCAAGAUCAAAUGGACAUUUUACAUUCAUA